AUGGGGAAUGGACGACCGGAAAUUCUCGCAGUUUCAAUCAUCUCCUUCGUUCUUGGAAGCGUUUUUGUGAGCUUUUAUUUAAGUUCAUGCUACAUCUUAGCCAAGAAAACGGCAUCUCAUGAGCAUUUGAUGCUCUUUGCAUGGGUUCUUGAUCUUGGCCUCUCGUUCUCACUCUUCUAUGCAAUAGCGAAGGGGCUUGGCAGCCAUGAGGCUGAUGUCAAACCGAACAACGAAGAAGGCAUAAAUAAAGCACUCUAUGCCUUUGACGUUCUGUACAAUCCAGUCUUAAUGGUCACCAAAAGCUCAAUUCUUGUCUUCUACCUGAAGCUUACCCAUGGGAGAGGUCUGUUCCAUUUCGCAAAUUACGCGACUCUUUUUGUGGUCAAUGUGGCUGGGCUGGGCUUGACUCUGAGCGAAGUUUAUCAGUGUCACCCAGUGAGCGCAAUAUUUCACUUCCGUACUCAAACUGCCGAAAAUUGCACAAACAUUUUCCAAUCUUCCUUGUCCGUUGUGCCUUAUGAUAUAGUUACCGACAUGGCAAUAAUCAUCCUGCCCAUUCCACUUCUGACCCGCAUGCACCUACCAUGGAAGCAAAAGGUGAUCUUGGUCAUUACAUUUGGUGUUGGGAUUCUGGUGAUAGUAGUGGACGUUCUCCGGAUCGCGCAACUUCAGAAUACUAUUCUCUCUCGCCUCGAGCCGCAAUUUUCCUAUAAUAUAGCGAAUAUUGCCCACCAAGAUUAUACUUAUAUUACUGCACCGUCAUUUAUGUGGUCCAUUGUGGAUGUUAAUAUGACAAUAAUUUGCGCUUGUGUCCCGAGUUUGAAGCCUCUUGCGAAUCGGUUCACACCCAGGCUGAUUUGGGUGACUGACAAACACGCUGGCCCUCAUUCCUCGCCCAGACCGUCCGAUGAGGACGGUGCGACCGAAGAUGGGACAAGACAGUCCGCCGAAAACGAGACUGUUGGCCAUGAACUGCUGGAGGUCUUGACAGGAGGCCAGGUAGAGAGAGAGGUUGAGGAGCAGGUUGCCCAUAUUGAUGAAGGCCAGGGAUAUUCGACAACGAAGUCAUUCGUCAAUCGACUGAAUCUGCAGCCGCCAAACAUGCUGAAACUGAGCAACAAGGAAUCCGUCCUGCCGAUUGUAUUAAUCACGGUCAUUUACUUCUUAUGGGGAUUUUCAUACGGCCUUCUCAACACGAUCAACUCCAGGUUCCGGAUUCGUCUAAAGCUGGACAUUUGGAGCGCAUAUGGCCUUCAUAGCGCCUAUUGGGGCGGUUACUUAGUAGGUCCACUUCUCAUGGGCCGCCCUGUCCUAAAAAGAUUCGGCAUCGCAGCCACGAUUAUUUCGGGCCUUUAUAUAUAUGCUUGUGGGGCCUUGCUUUUCUGGCCAGCCGCCGUAUCAUCGUCAUUUCCGACCUUGAUAAUAAGCAAUAUAAUAGUUGGUUCUGGGUUUGGUGUUCUGGAUACGGCCGCGAAUCUGUUCGUUGCGAUAUGCGGACCACUCAAAUAUUCAGAGAUCCGGCUAUGCCUUUCGAAAGGUGCUGGUGACACUGCAAUCAUUUUUGCGAGACUCCUAGAAACCAGGGUCUUUGGUCAGUUACCCACUCCGUAUAUGGUUUCAGUUCAAUGGACUUCCCUCGCUAUAGCUUUCUUCAAUGUGAUUUUAGCAGUCAUAUUCUACUAUCUGCCGGUCCCUGAGGUCCCCGAUGAGGAGGAGGAACUAGAUGAAUUAAUCCAUCAUAAUUCACACGACAUUCGGUUGUUUGGUUUGCCUGUCAUCUGGCUUACUCUCGGGUUGGGUGUAUGGUCUAUGUUCUUCUAUGGGGGUGCGCUAGGAUCAAUCCACAUAGACUUGAUACGGUUUACUAAAGCUCAUGGAAGUGAUCGACCCAGUCCACUAGAUUUUGUGCUGAUUGCACAGUCUGUAUGGACCGUUGGCCACUUCUUCGCGGCCUAUAUUCAAUGGGUAUUUUUAAAACCACGACAGACGCUGUUGAUAUUGUAUCUUGGCUGUAUUGUUUUCUCAGCCCUCUGCAUGCGUACAUCUGGCCUGACGGCUGUUAUCACGGGUCUCAUGUUGUUCUUUCUUGAAGGGGGGAUCCUCCCAAUUAUUUUUGGGAUUGCGCUCCGUCGAACAGGACAUCACAUAAAAACGGCUGCCUGCUUAUUAGAAACUGCGUUUAGCGGUGCAGCGUUUUUCCCAUUUGCGCGAUAUGCUGCUGAACUCGCUCACGGGCAGUCGUAUUCUUACUGCGUUAUCGUUGCGAGCAUUAAGGUUUGGAUUGAGGAUGGAUUGUGA